CGCAAAGAGAGGUUUUCGGAUGGAGACUCUCUCUUGCUUCUUCUUCCUGUCUCGCUCUCUUCCUUCCUUCUGGUCUCAUCCUGCUCUUGUUUUUCGCUUGUUCGCGCCAGCUUCACGAGGCUCCCCUCGUUGGCAUUUCUCACUCAGUUUUCUGGGGCGCAACGAUCUUUCUUUGCUUUCCAUUUUUCGAUGUUUUACGUUUCUUUCCCUCUCAUCUUGCUCCCGGCCUCAGCCUUCUGAAGGCCCAGUUUCUCUCCUUUCCAUCGCGUGCUCGGCAAAUUUGUCUCCUCACGCCUUCGACUCUCUUUGCGCGUUCUGUUCCUCUCUCUCAUGCAGCACUGGUUACUUUCGUCGCUCCUUUCGUCCUCACUGUGUCAGCGAAAGAGUGGACGAGAACUCCACUUUAGAGAAGUUUUCGACCUGCAAGCGAACUCGAUGAUUCUCCUCGAUUGGAGUCUGCUGCGUUGCUGCACUUCGCCGGACCCUGUCUGUCUCUGCGACUUUCGAUCCAGUUUUUACCGCGAUACUGCCAGCUUUUCUUCUCCUCGGUUUCACAGCCUUUCUGUGUUGUUUUCGCCUUCCUCAGCUUCUCCUUCGGCUUCGCCGUCGUCCGACGUUUUUCCUCUUCUGUUCAGUUGUUCUUUCUGCUCGGUUUAGUUCUCCUGUUUCCUUUCUCUUUCUCCCCACAAUGGCACCCGCGGUUCUUAUGGUGGCGGAGAAGCCGUCGAUUGCUGAGACGAUCGCCAGGAUUCUCUCCGGUGGCAACUUUCACAAACGAAAAGGAAUCUCGCCGGUCACGAGCGUCUGGGAGUUUUCGGGGUCUUUCCGCGGCGAAGCUGUCCUCUUCAAAGUCACAUCGACGGCAGGUCACAUCUAUCAGACAGAUUUCCCUCGACAGUUCAAUGACUGGGAGAAAACGAAUCCCAUCGAACUCUUCGACGCGCCGGUGGUGAAGGUGGAGGCGAACGCGAAACAUCGACUUCCCGCCCACCUCCAGAAGGAGGCGCACGGCUGCAAGCACCUCGUCCUCUGGCUGGACUGCGACCGCGAAGGCGAAAACAUUUGCUUCGAGGUCAUGAGCAUCGUCGUGCCGCAGCUUCUCAAGCUGUCGGGCCAGCAACAGAUCUGGAGAGCGAAAUUCUCUGCGUUGGCGCCUGCAGAUAUCCAACAGGCGAUGCGAACCUUAGGGACACCCAACAAGAACGAAGCAGAUUCCGUCGACGCUCGACAAGAGCUCGAUCUGAAAGUCGGCUGCGCCUUCACCAGGUUUCAGACGCAGUACUUCCAGGGAAAGUAUGGAGACUUGGACGCCUCUCUAGUCUCCUACGGGCCUUGCCAAACGCCGACACUGCAGUUCUGCGUCCAGCGAUACGACGACAUUCACGCCUUCCAGCCGGAGACAUUCUACACUCUGGAUACAUCCAUCCGCGUAGGAGAGCAAGAGCUUUUUCUUGAGUGGGAGCGAGGCCAGGUGUUUGACUCGGUGACUGCCCACACGUACAAAGAUAUCGUGUCUGCGCGAGGCGCCGUUGCUGUCGUCGUGGACGUGACUGAGAAGGAAGAGAAGAUGCCGAGGCCUCAGGCUCUGAAUACAGUGAACAUGCUGAAGCUCGCCUCUCAGCGCCUCGGCAUGGGUCCUCAGCAAGCCAUGCAGACGGCAGAGCGAUUGUAUCUGUCGGGAAAGGUGACGUACCCUAGAACGGAGACUUGCAAAUAUCCAGAAAGCUUCGACCUUCGAGGCACCGCCGCGGCUCAGGCCUCAAAUCCCUACUGGGGUGGCUACGUCAAAGAACUUCUCUCGUCAGGUCUCGCGCGCCCUCGAGACGGCGUGGACGCCGGCGACCAUCCCCCCAUCACUCCCGUGUGCUCCGCGACGGAGGCCGACGUCGGUGGCGGAGACGCGUGGGCUCUGUACGAGUUGAUUACGCGUCACUUCCUCGCUUCGAUCAGUCCGGACUGUCGCUUCCUCAAACGCAAAGUCACCUUCUGCGUGAACGAGGAGAUCUUCAGCCUCUCGGGGCGGCAUAUGCUUGACGGGGGCUUUACGCGCAUCAUGCGGGGCGACGGGAUGAAGGAUGUUUCGAUUCCGGACUUCCGCAAGGCGGACCAAGUUCCUCUGCACAAAAUCUCGGUUGGGUCCGGCCAGACACAUCCCCCCCCGUUUCUCUCGGAGUCAGAUCUUCUCGGACUGAUGGAAAAGCAUGGCAUUGGUACAGAUGCCUCAAUGGCGACGCACAUCAACAACAUUUGCGAGCGCAACUACGUUUCCUUGGUCUCCAACAGACGCCUCGAACCCACUAAACUGGGAGUCUGUUUGGUUCACGGCUACAUGCAAAUCGACCCCGACCUGGUUCUGCCUUCUGUGCGCGCCAGCAUCGAGGCCCUCGUGGAUGUCAUCGCUCAAGGCAAGGCAGACAUCACGGCCGUCGUCACCCACUCACUGUACAUGUUUAAACUUAAGUUCGCGUACUUCCUAAAGCAAAUUGAAAGGAUGGACAUGCUUUUCGAGGCGAGCUUCACGAUGCUUGCGCAAACUGGCAACGCUCUCUCCCGCUGUGGCCGGUGUAAUCGGUACAUGAAUCUCAUCACGAAACGCCCAACUCGACUCCACUGUCGCACUUGUAACGAAACCUACAACAUGCCUCAGAACGGAGCGAUCAAGCUUUACAAGGAGUUGCGUUGUCCUCUCGACAACUUCGAACUUGUUCUGUUCACCCAGAAAGGCGGAAAAUCCUUUCCUCUCUGCCCGCUGUGCUACAACGACCCGCCUCUGGAAGGCUCUGUGACCAAAAUGUCAUGCGUCGAGUGCACACACCCAACCUGCAAGCACGGGAUCGAAGCCGUUGGCGUCCUCCAGUGUCCCCAGCCGGACUGCAAAGGCAUCUUGUACCUUGACGUCGUGUCGGGACCCAAGUGGAAACUCGACUGCAACGCCUGUCAAUAUCAAGUCAAGCUGAUGGAGGGAGCACACAAAAUAUCCGUGACCCCCGACGAGUGCGACACCUGUGGGUCGGCGCUUCUCAACGUCGUGAUGAAUAAAGUCAAGCCUUUCAAGGAUGGAGAAGUCGAAAAAACGGGCUGCUUUGUCUGCGACGCCGAGUUGAAUGAUAUGGUGGAAAGCACAUUCGCCAAAACCUUCCGAGCGCGACGCUCUGGCCGCGGCCGAGGGCGUGGGAGAGGCCGAGGCCGAGGCAGAGGGCGAGGUCGGAAGAUCGAAGAUCCGCGGAUGACAUUCGAUGGAUUUUAAAUAGCUUAACGACGUGACUGUUAUAAGAGCGAGAUGCAGGCAGUUGCAUGCAGAGUUCUACAGAGAUGAUUCUCAUUCACCCUGAGCCGCCUUGUCCAGGAUUUGUCAGCGUCACGGAAGGCAGGCUGCGUGUGCCCAUUCUUCAGUCUCUCUGUGUCCUCCGUGUCUUUCCAGCCUUGUUCGUUGUCGAGAUAUGCUCUACGAGGGCCUCGCCUUCUUCUCUUCACUUGCGAUGUGUCUUCUUUGUUUCUGUCGCUUCACGGCAGUUAAGGUUCUGUCGCGUUCUUGCUCGUAAUCCUCCUCUUCGUCUCGAGAAGGCCUGUCUUGUUCUUCUGUUUCGCCCCGCUGGUUACCUCUCUUGUAACUUACCAGCGUUGUGGAGACUCCCAGCGGGGCUGGGAUUUAGGUCUUGUCUUUCCGAUCCAACAGCUCUAUCCACACGAGACACAGCCCAAUUUGUUCGGUGUUCCGGCGUCAACAUUUGGAUAUACAGAUAUAUCCAUGUGCAGUUGCGGAAGUGUACACAGGUAUGCAGACAUAUACAUAUAUAUGUAUAUAUAUAUAUAGAUAUAUCGGCGAGAUUCUGCUGAUUUGCAUGUAUACACUGGUGUGUAUAUGCGUAGCGUCGUUUAUAGUGUUUGGCAUCGCGGACCAAGUGUCUUCC